AUGUUGUUCUCUUCACACUCUUCAGGGGCAAACGGGCAGGCAAUGGCCGGUUCGCUGAGGCAAAUCUCCCAACACAAGCGUGAGAGGCUUACCACCAAGGUGUUGCCACCGUCAUAUGGCAUCACUUGCGUGGCCCAAUUGGCGGCUCGCUCCUGUUGGUCUCAUGCCUUGAAUGUUUUCUGGAGCCUGGCCAGCUACUCCGACGUGGAGGUGACCACGGAGUUGCUGAACUUCGGCCUGCACGCCUGCGAGAGGGGCCACCUGGCCCAGCAGGCCGUCGAACUUCUCCACUCCAGGUCGCCACAGCUACCCACGCCCGACCUCAAGAGCUAUCACCUCGCGCUGCGCGCGAUCGGCCUUGACUCCGCCAGGAGUUCGGAACGGCUCGAGGACGUGGAGCCCGGCUGGCCUCGAGCCGUAGCACUACUCGAGGACGGGCGGCCGGUCUGGGUGGAGGGCCAGUGCCCCACACGAUCCGCGGCGCGGGGUGGAGGCCCAUCAGCUGGACCUUUCACAACUUGGCGGGCGCGUGUGCCCGAAACCACGCUUGGGCCAAAGCCGCCGAGGUGUUGA